AGAAAAAAAUAUUUAAAUCCUUCGUAAACACAAUUGCAUUAGGUGGCCUGAUUCAAAUAUAAGUCUCGGAAUACGAAUACAAGGAUGCCACAGCCCGAGGAGGUUAUGGCUGUCGAUCGUAAAAUACUAUGUGGAUUAUUAUUUAUUACUUCCAUGGUCGUUUUCGUGGCUGGCUCGGAAGAGGGCAGAGCUUACUUCUUUCGACAACCGAGUAACAUGACGGUCAAUGCUGGCGACCCUGAGGUUAUUAUCCAGUGUCACAUCAAAAACUUCGAGGGAGACGUGAUGUGGUCUAAAGAUGGGUUCGCAUUUUCAAAGCCAAACAAUUCGCCUUUCCCAAGAUAUUCUUUCGUACAAACUGGCCAACAUCAAGGUCUUCGAAUUGUAAAUAUUCAGCCAGAAGAUGACGGUGAAUACAACUGCCAAGCUUCGACCAAGUUUGUUCGUCUUAGAUCCCGCAACGCACGCCUCACCGUGCUAGUGGCACCACAAAGUUUGGAGAUUUCCCCAAUGAAUUCCGGCCUUAUUAACGUACAAGAGAACAAACAUGUAACUAUAGAGUGCAGAGCCUCAGAUGCGAGACCCACAGCCAUUGUUACUUGGAGUGUCGGAAUUAACAACGAAGAACCAAAUGCCCACAACUCUCAGGCUACCUCUCCUGAAACGAAACUGGCUACGACAACAAGUAGUAUAACCAUGUCUCCCACAAGAAGUGACAACGGAACUAUUCUUAGAUGUUUCGCCAGAAACUCAGCAACGUCUACACCAGUUUCAACAGAAGGCAUAUUGAAUGUUUUAUAUGCACCACAGCAGCCAGCGAUUGACACACACGCCUCUGAUACGUUGCGAGCUGGAGAAGAGGCGAUUAUGACGUGUACAAGCGUCGGGGGAAACCCCUUACCAACUCUAAUAUGGAAAAUUGGAGGUAAUGUCAUCAACAGAGCAUUCACCCGCAGCGGUACAACUGUAACGAGUCAACUUCGUCACUUGGUACGACCACAAGACCACGGUAAAACCGUAACUUGUGCAGCUUCUAGUCUGGCACUCUACAUCCCACUUACGACCAGCGUUACUUUGAAUGUACACUAUGCGCCUGCUUCCGUCGAUAUAGUUCAGCACCCGAGAGAGGGCGCUAUAGAGAACACGACCUUGACUUUGUCAUGUACUGCAACUAAAAGUAAUCCACCUUCCGUCUUAACAUGGCUAAAAAAUGAGGGGCCGAUUGUGGAAAAUGGAAAUGGUAUAAUCGUGUCCACUGUUUCGUUUCGAUCGAGCAUCAGAACAAGCUUGACUUUGUCUUCAGUGAAACGGGCAAAUGCAAAUGAUAUUUACACGUGUAAAGCAGAGGUUCCAGAACUCGCCUUCGUCAAAAUGACAAAAGUGCCGCUAAAAAUUCUCUUCCCGCCUACAUCUGUCCACUUGAUCAUGCAUCAUCCUAAACCAGUGGCAGGUGUAGUAACCAACCUAGAAGCAGGACAGACUGUGCAGCUGUUAUGUCAAUCACAGGGCGGGAGACCUACCCCUACGUUAACUUGGACAAAGAACGGAAACCCGGUAGCGGAUGAUGGUAGAAAAACGAGGAUCCUGCCUGGUACAACCGUAUGCAGGGAAAUCGGAUCAAAUUGUAAUAUCCUGGAAAUUGUUCUCGACGAAACCGAUAACUUGGCAGAGUAUGCGUGUCUUGCAACUCAUGUCGCUUCACGGACGCCUAAAAGAUCCACGAUGACAUUACAGGUUUUAUUUCUUGCUCGAGCGCUUACUGUUGAACAAUCUCCCGAGUCUUUAGCAAGCGACGAAGCUGUUAGCUUUAUCUGCGAGACUUCAUCCAGUAACCCAGCUUCGGCAAUUACUUGGUACCGAGAUGGUUCUCUUAUUAGCACUGCCAAAGUGGAAAAGCUUACAACCAGGGACGGUCGCAAUGGUGGUAUGAUCUCAAAUAGUAGGAUACGGUUCAUUCCAAACUACACGUUUAAUGGGGCAAGAAUAACAUGCAGAGCGGAAAAUCCAAUAUUAAGAAAAUCAACGGAAAAAUCGCUCACUAUGAACGUGGAGUUUUCGCCACGUUUUGCGAAGAAGAUUUUUCGGUUUGCAGCAACCGAGGGCAAGCGAGAGAUCGAGAUUUUUAUACCUGUACGUGGAAACCCAAGCAAUAUGACUUACUUAUGGUCGAGGCUCAUCCCUUCGCAACGAAACUCGGCGAUCGGUCAGUUGAUCUUGGCCCCAACUAGGACUCCUGAAAAAGAUGAAGUUCCAAUUUGGAGAACUGUCGCUUUGGCAAAUGAUCACCGCAUUACAUGGUCGGAGAACGAAGGAAUUUUAAGGAUUCGUAAUGUCCAUUUAAGCGAUGCUGGCAUGUACCAACUGAAGGCGAUUAACACACGAGGAGAAUCGUCGAUCAACGUUUUAUUUUCCGUGUAUUAUGCCCCGAGGAUUAGCGACUUAAGUGGUCCCAAAACUGUCGUCAUUGGUGAUGACGUCAUCAUGACGUGUACAAUUGAUUCCCUUCCACUCACUACCAAUGUGCAAUGGAUAAAAAACAUUCCAAAUCCCGAGCGUCUCGUAUAUGACGUCACCACGAAACCGGGAACUAGUCGCCUGAUGAUUCGAAAUGUCACACAAUCUGAUAGAGGGACUUAUCGAUGCAUUGCCGCCAACGGUGUUGGGACUGCUGGCACGUCGGAAUUCAAACUUUCAAUUAAAUUCGGCGCAGUCAUCGAUCGAAGAAAUACUCCGAUCAAAGUAGCACGACCGCCACCUACCGGUGUGCGUAAAAGAGUUGCAAUCGUAUGCAGAGCAUUCGGCAAUCCAGAUGUUACGUUUCAAUGGAAAGAUGAAAAUGGAACUGUUAUUCAUGCUGGAAGCGCUCAAAGUUUUGACACACAGUAUGUUUCGGAAUUCAGACGCCACGACCAUGACCUAUUUUCAAGCACUCUGUACAUCAAUGUAGCGCAUCUUAAAGGCGGCUUCUACGUCACCAAAUUUACCUGUGACGUCACAAACUCUCUUGGGUUUGAUCGUACCUACAUUUCAAUCGUCCCCAUGGGCGUUCCAGAUACUCCAACAGAAUUAAGAAUUACGAACCACACCUUUGAUGCCAUUACUGUGGCAUGGCGGCCGGCCUUUGAUGGCGGAAAGAAGCAAUCGUUUGUACUGCAGUAUAAAAAAUCGCAGCAAAGUUCUGGCGAACAGAAAGAGCGAACUACUUGGCAACAAGCAGUUAUUCCGGGCGGGAUAACAAGCCACUCAAUGCUUGGAUUGGAACCUAAAACGUCUUACUUGGUCCGCAUCCACGCCAAUAACUCUUUUGGCUUCAGUCACCCGACCGAUUACAUUAUCGCUACCACAACAGCUGAAUACGACAGUUCUACCAGCGCAGCCGGCAUGUCAAUUAUACUUGUCAUCGUUAUCUCUGCGUCGUGCGGUCUCGCCCUUAUGAUUGUAGUGGCAGCAAGUAUGUGUUGUUUCAAACGCAACAACGUUUCUUAUGUAAAACGGGCAAAUCGGUCACCCGGCCAAUGCUCACGUAACAGCGGCACGAUGGCUUCAGACCAGGGUACUCUCGUCUCUACUUGCAGAAGCAAAGGUUCUCGAUCGGCAAGUCCGCCGUCCCAUCGUAGCGGGGGAAGUGGGAAAUCGCAAGACAGUGUUUCAAACUCGAGUAAUGAGUGUGGUGAUAAUCGUGCCGAUGGUCACAUGAGAAAGAACCAGAAAUCAUUUUCACGGACUUCUCGCGAUUCUACUUUGACCUGUAAAAACUAUGCCAACUACGAAGCAGAAGUGAGAGCUGGGUUUCGGCAACUCACAAGCUCAGCAAGCUUCCAGCAUGAUACAAAGCCUGCUUUCGCUAGGCGUCAGUACACAACUGACUGUCGCAUGAGCGGUCGACCCCGAAGAGCGAAUUCAGUGUCUUCCAUUGACUAUCGUGAAGACGUAGAAAGAUAUUGCUCCGAAAUUAAUGGAAGAGAGUUUUCUGUUCCACUUUGCCGUCACGGGGUCAGUUGGGACGCUACGUGCGACCAGUGCAAGUUGGAACGUUUUGAACGGACAGGACUAAGGUCAUCGGCUCGUGGAGCCGAAACUCUGAACCACUGCAGCAGUAAACGAUACACAGGAAAACCUCGUGGAUAUUAUACAAUGCGUCAGCAGUCCACACGUUCAAAAUUAUCUGAUCACACACUUUAUCCAAUCCACGAUGCAGAUUCUUGCCAUUAUGUUAACGAGCCUAAUUGCCAAGCAAACUUUCUGCAUGAAAUCGGCGAAAAUGUUCCUUUGGGAAGUUACCCUGUUACCUCCACUUCAUCAAUGGCGAGACAUCCUUUUACGCAGACCGUAGCUGAAAUUUCACCGAUACAGCACGCGAAUGUAUCAGCGCCCGCACCAGCAGAAAACCUUUACCAGUCCCGCGAUCUUGCAGCGUUAUACGCGGUGAACGUGCAAGCAGGAAUGGCCAUACAGGCGAACAGCAACUCGGGCGGACUAUACGUUUUGGGAUUAGAGGAAAGCCAAGUCAGACCCAGCAGGCCGUCAUAUCCAGAAAUCACCACACCAGAAGAGUCGGACUCGGACACUCGCCAUCGAGUAUCCUUUAGAAAAGACUGUGUCCCGGCUGACGAACUCGAGAAGGAUGUAACUAUCGACACAUCAUCCGUACCACCGUUAUCUGUUAGAUUGGGAAUCACAACUUCUGGUGCAGCAUGUGUAAGAAACAGUUGGAUUUCAUCUUCUUCUUCGAUGUCAGACUACCAGCAAAAUCAAAAGGACCAACAGUUUUACACCGAUAGUGGAGUUGAAGUGAGUAUGGGGUUCAAACCUUCACCCGGUUCAAGCAAAAACGGGUCGCUGUCAAACCAUGAUGAUAUUGCGUGUACAUCGGAUAAGUCAUCUGUAAUGUCAAUGUCGUCUUCCGCCUCUUCUACAAAGCCGUUGUUACCGAACUCUUGUGUUGGUAAACGCUCAGGACCAUCUCCCCCCUUGAAUUUCAGAGACAGCCCAGGCAAAGCAAACGACAACGAACUACAGAAAAGUGCUUUUCUACUGCAGUGUUCAGCAGGAAAAAGGCCACAAGAAGACAUGGAAACUGAAAAUUUGUUAAACUCUGGGUUAAAUGUAGAACAUAACGUUGCGUUUCUUGGUGUAGACGAUGACGGUACUCUGUUCAUAUGAGCAAGUACUUACAAAAAAAAAAACUUUAAUUCCUAUUUGUUCCGCUACAUUUAAAAUGUGUUGCCUUGUAUAGUUUACCUGCUUUCAAACACUCCAAUGAGAAACGGCCAAAUAAGCGCAUACAUCACCCUAACAUUUCUCAUAAAACAUUCCACAUCUUACUAUGGAUUUUUGAUGAUGGUACACCCGUAGGCCUACACUGCCAUAUGCGUUAUGUUACCGUGCGCUAAAGGUGUAAAUAAAACGUUUUCAUAAUGUA